AUGCCUCGACAAUCCAAACCCAAACCCGCCGACCUCACCAUCAACGCCAACGUCUCCUCCAGAAAAGGCAAUGCAACACCAGACCCGAAGAGUAGCCCGAUGAACCUGGAGGGCAUAGACCUGUCGUCCUUUGGCGGAGACAUCGGAAUGGACAUUGCUGAGCUGCCACCGCUGCCCCAGUCACCGCCCCUACCGCAGUCGCCUGGUCGGCACAACAGAGAGGCUUCCAAGAGUGGUGUCAAUGGCGCGAAUGGCACCAAGAGCCGGUCAAUAGCAGUACCUGAGGGAGCGGCAGAACAUCGAUCGCAAUUACGACACGCCAAAGACGAUGAAGACAUCCGGCCGAACAGCAGCAGCAUGUCAAAAAUAUACCACCUGCGCAAGAACCCCGGCAGCACGCCCGAGCUCAGUCUGGUCGGCAGCAAGGAGAAUGUGCGCAAACAAUCGAAUGAAGGCAGUCCAGUACCGGCUGACAUCAGGCCGCAACCGUCACCGCACCACAGUGAAAACAGCAUUAGCGUGAGGCGAAAAGACAAAAACUUUCGAAACCCGCUCGCACGAACAAAGUCGAUACGGCGAGACUCUCACUCAAAAUUGAAACCAAACGGUAUACCAACAUUCCACCAGCCACUGAAAACCGCACCCUUGGCGGCUGAGUCGAGAGAAACUUCAGAUAUGUGGUUUCUCAAGUCGAAAGGCCAGGACCGCCGCGGCAAGUCCGCUGACCGCUCAGUGACCAGCCAGAGUCAAGAGAACCUUGCAGCACGAGCGGGCAAGGAGAAGGAUGGGAAGGGAUUUGUGUCAGGCAGCAGGAAUGUCAUGUCAAAGGCGGUCACUGGAGGUGGCAACUUGUUCAGUCGACUGGGCAAGGUGGGGAGGAGCGGCAGUAACACCGCAAAGGAAGUCCCGGACAGCGAAUACGUGCCGAAGAUCAUCCAUCUUCCACUUGUCGAACAGACGCGGAUCACGAGAAUUAGCAAAGAUCUGAACAAGUGUCGCGACAAGACGGAAUUCUGGAUGCCGAGCCUGCCGUGGAGGUGUAUUGACUAUCUUAACCAGAACUGCGAGUCCGAAGGCCUGUACCGAGUUCCAGGCAGCGGUCCGCAAGUCAAGCACUGGCAACGCCGCUUCGACACCGAGCUCGACGUCAACCUGCUCGACGAAACCUCCCUCUACGACCCCAACAACAUCGGCAGCAUGUUGAAGUCCUGGCUGCGCGAGCUCCCCUCCGAAAUCAUGCCCAAGACACUCCAGCACAGCCUCGCCGACGACCUCGCCCGCGAGAAUCCCGACUACCAACGCAUGGGCCAAGCCGCGCCGCAGCGUCUGCGAGAUGCGCUCAGUCAUCUGCCCCCGUUCAACUAUUACCUCUUGUUCGCGAUCACGUGUCAUCUUAGUCUGCUGCUCAGCCAUCAGGACAAGAACAAAAUGGACCUGAACAACCUGAGCAUCUGCAUCGGCCCGUGUCUGGAUCUGGAGAGGUGGCUGUUCAACUAUCUGGUGGGAGAUUGGCGGAAUUGCUGGCAGGGCUGUUUUACGGAGAAGGUGUAUCUGGAGGCUGAGCGCGCGCAUAGGGAGGGCAGGGAGUACGUCAUGCCGGAGAACCCGUACCUUCCUACUACGCCGCCGGAGCAUCAGCAGGAGCCGCGUCAAGAGGAGCAGCAACGCGAAGAAGAAGAAGAGGAAGCACUCGAGGACGACUCUCCCUCAGCGCCCACCACAACCACCACGACAUCAUCCUCGCGCGACCGCGAGCGUGAGCGUGAGCGCAACCUCCACAGCAGCGGCAGAGGCAGCGACCGCUCCCGCGGCACCAGCACGCAGGGCUCGCGCUACGAAGACGCGCGCUCGGCGCCGCACUCGCCUAUGCCGGAGAAUGUGCGUCCGGACCUUUCUCAGACGCAGAAGCCUUCAUCGAGGCACGGUGGUGGUGGUGCGAAUGGGAAUGCGAACGUGGGUCCUGAGCAUCGGAGGCAGAUGGGGGCGUUGGGUACGGGUGGAGAGUUGAGGAGGCCGAAUACUGCGGGGAGGGAAGGUGGAGGUGGGGGAAGUGGUGCGCAGACGCCCCGGCAGAGCCACAGUCGCAGCCAGAGCGAGUACAGGCUUAGUCCGGUGAUGCCGGGGUCGCCUGUGGACUUUCCGUUUGGGUUGCGGGAGGGCUGA